AUGGAUAAGAACAGUAAAAUCGUCAUCGUUGGGGCAGGCAUUUUCGGCCUGUCUACCGCCGCCAAGCUUGCGUCGGAGGGCUACAAACAUGUUACAGUUGUUGACCGCCACAUGCCACCUGUUCCGGAUGGCUCCAGCUCGGAUAUCUCCCGUGUUAUCCGCUUCGAUUACGCCGAUGAGGACUAUCUGAACAUUGCAUACGAAGCAUACCUCAAAUGGUCCCAAUUGCCAAAAUACAAAGGGAUAUUCUUCAAAUCACCCUACAUUCUCACUGGUAACACCAGCGCACACGGGCGGGCCUGGAUUGAAAAGACGACUGCUGCGCUAACCAAGAAACAGCUGCCCUGGGCAAAGCUGGAUAGUGCUGCGGCCGCGAAGAGUAGAUACCCUGUUCUAACGGGGACUCUCGCGACGCCCAAUUUCACCGGCUACUUAAAUGAGCAGGCCGGUUGGGCAGACGCCAGUAAGGCUGUCAGCCAGCUUCGCGACGAUUGUCUUGAACUUGGUGUGUCUUUUAUUUGCGGUCGUGCUGGUACAGUUAUCAGUCUCGAUACAGACUCACAGAAGAGGGUUAGGGCUGUCAAGACUCUUGCGGGAACUUCAAUUGAGGGUGAUCACUUUAUACUUGCUGCUGGUGCCUGGACCUCCGGAUUAGUCGAUAUGUAUAACUCAACCCUGGCAACAGCCCAGGUAAUUGGGUACACGCCCCUUACAGAUGCUGAAGUGAAGAAGUACAAAGAUGUUCCCAUUUAUGCCAACUUCAAUACGGGUUGGUUCAACUUCCCUUCGCAUGAAGAUACCAAGACCCUCAAAAUGGCCGUGCAUGGAUGGGGCUACACACGUGCGCCUACCGCCGAGGAUCAUCAGAGUGUCAAGGCUAAUAUCUCGUCGCCUCCUCUGAUCCCUCCUCGUCAACGCGCCAAUUUUACUCCCCCUGAUGGAGAAGACCGGCUCAGGACCGGUCUGCGUGAGAUUCUCCCAGAAUUAGCCGAUCGUCCGUUUGAUCGGGUGGCGCUCUGCUGGUAUACUGACACGCCUUCGGGUGAUUUCAUUAUGGAUUCUCAUCCCGAUUACAAGAAUCUUUUCGUCGCUGGUGGCGGUAGUGGGCACGCAUUCAAAUUCCUACCUGUGUUAGGCGACUACACUUUCCUUGCGUUCACGAAGCGUCUCCCAGAACAUCUGGCGCAGAAGUGGCGUUUCCGAACAGAGUACAAAGACGACAAGGAUACUUUCCAGGGAGAUGGAAGCCGUGGAGGGCCUGCCAGGCGCGAGUUGCAUGCCCAGGAAAAGGCAAAGCUGUAG